AGUCUUAUUUCGAUUAACCUCUAACUCCAACCUCUCAUGGACCGACUUCAUGUCUCCUUCACUACGGCCGUCGUACUCUUACUCCUGUGGAUCAGCGUGAUUCUCACCCUCGUUAUAGUGGCAUUGGUAGGCGCCUUUGCAUACCAUCUCAGCGGAGUCGCUGUGGGAAGCAUCAUCACGGUUUGCGGCCUUAUCGCAUUGCUGGGUUCCCUCGCCCGUGGGUGGACAGUUGUCGAUCGGGAGAACUUCGAGCUUUCCGAGUACAAUGGCAAAAACUACGACACCGUUAAGGCCCCUCCUGUUAGUGCUACUGAGAGCAUCGUUACUACUGUGUAGAUCUGGGAAACACACCUUAGUGGAUUUCCUAUCACGAAUGAAGGAAUACGUAGAAGCUAGCGCGUUGUUAACAGCAGUAUUUUCGCCUUCGCGGAAAAUGGUCAGGUCUACCAUCACUAUCGCCGCCUUUGUCACGCGGCGCUUUUCUCUGUAUCCUCCAAUUCAGCACAACUUAUUCUCGUACGGCUCGCUGAUGAUGUGAUCAAGGACUGUAGGCACCACCGUGUUGGUCGUGUGCUACCUCUUUACGAGAUGUCUCUCCGCUGCCCUUUUUCGUAGUAUAUGUCAUCACUGUGCGAAUUGUUGUAGUUGAGAUCGGACGCCUGUCGUGGUUUAUGCUGAGACA